AUGUUGAAAUCAGGAUCACGCCUCAUAACUAUUAAGAACUUUUCUAUUAAAUCAAAUAAACUUUUAAGUACUAAAACUAUAAGAUCGCUAUCUUAUAUUCCAACAAGACAAAUCAAUAACCUAACUUCUUACUGUAGCAUUAAGCAGUCCUUAACCACACAAUACAACUUUCAUAGACAUUAUGCUGGGUUUACACACGGAUCUGAUAUUCCCGAAGAGGUCAUCAAUAUGACCACAAGAGAAUAUGAGGUUGCUGCAAACCAAUUCCUAGAUUCAUUAUUAGAUGAUCUUGAGCAAUUGAGUGAAGAUUACCCCACCAAAUUUUCAGAUGUGGAACUAAAUCAAGGUGUUUUGACCCUUGUUUUUCCAGAAGUUGGAACCUAUGUGAUCAACAAACAGCCCCCAAAUAAACAAAUUUGGCUUUCGUCUCCUAUAUCUGGCCCAAAUCGUUUCGAUUAUAUCAAAGGUAACUGGGUAUCAAUGAGAAAUAGGACUAAGUUAAUAGACGUAUUGAACAAAGAAAUUUCCAGUGCACUGCCUGAUGCUGAGGUAAACUUACUUCAUGACUGA